UUGGACACUUAGUUGUCGUUCAAAGCUUGUACUUGUUAUAUGAUUAUUCUGUAUAUCAAAGAGGUUAUGAUUAUUUGCGUUUACUAUUAUUUAUUGUAAAAUAAAAAGAAACAAUGGCAGGGCCAGGUAAACAAGCAUUACGAUAUUUUCUUGGAACAUGUUUGCCAUCUGUAAAACAAAAUGCCGUAAAAGUAUCUGUACCACGUCUCGAGUUGGACAAGAAUAUUUUUAUGUACUUCAAAGAGCAUGACUUCGUUUAUGCCCAUGAUCCAAACCAAAAAUGUAACGUAGGAGAUGUUGUUUUGAUACAGUUGUUACCUGAGAAAUUAACACGUCUCAUUACCCACAAAGUUGUAGAUGUUAUUUACCCAUUAGGUGAUAUCGUAGAUCCUAUAACUGGUAAAAAAGUUGUUGUUAGCAAAUAUAGGGAUGAUGUAAAGGAAACUAAUCAAUUAUUUGGUGAAUCCAAAGAUGCUUUUGAUUAUGAUAAAGCACCUCCAAGAGGGGUCAUGAAAGAUAAACGAGAUUUUACGUAUCAAGAAACAUACAUCAAAUAUCACGAAGAUCCAAAUGAUCAAGACCCAUACGGAGUAUAAUAUAUUUAUGUAUUUUAAUGUAUAAAUAAAUUCUAAUAACAA